AUGAAUCUAAGCCAACUUGACCAGUACGAAAUUUCGCAAUGGACAGCCUUUGUCCCUCAGCUUCCUUCUGCCACCUCUCUUCCACCCCAAUUCCGGCAAGUGGAGGAGCUUAUUGUCGAUCCGCCAUUACACGAAGCGAUUUCGUCACUGAGACUACGAACCAAAGUUGACGGACUUCCGCUAUAUUACUGGUACGACUUUGCAGUUCUAUCUAGUACCGAAAAAAAACGGCUACUAGUAAUUCUGACCUUUGUCGCCCACGGAUAUAUAUGGGGUAACGGCCUCGGGCCACCGCUAGACACGCUCCCAAAACAGAUUGCUCUUCCUCUGAGCUAUCUGAGUAAGGAACUAGGCAUAGCACCCCUAGGGACUUAUGCGUCUACAGUGCUUUGGAAUUCGCGGCGGAAAGAUCCCGCUAGAGGGUGGUCGUUAGACAACGUGUCGAUUGAUUUAACAUUUACGGGUACCGAAGACGAAUCUUGGUUCUAUAAAGUCAGUGUUUGUGUGGAAGUCGCUGGGGCCCAAGCGCUUUGGAGUCUUCUUAGCAUCCUCCUUGAAAUUCGUCAAUCAAAGCCUGACCUAGGCUUAAUUCAGCGACAUUUUCAAAAGGCUCAAGCUUCUUUUGACGAAAUGUUAGCAACACUGGUCGAAACUAGAAAAAUGAAUUCGGAGGUAUUCUAUUGGGAUAUACGCCCAAACUUUGGGGGAUGGCACCUUAUUCUGCCACAGGGAGUACAUUACGCGGGAGUCGACGAAGCUUCCGUCUAUCGAAGCUAUGUGGGUAUCUCUGCGGCUCAGUCAUCUCUAUUCCGGGCGUUUGACAUUAUUUUCGACAUCUCGCAUAGUGAGCCUGGAGCAACCUAUCUACGCAAAAUGCACGAGUAUAUGCCUUCGCCCCAUGCAAGAUUCCUUGGCGAUUUGAAGGCCAAUUUUUCCGGCACUCUCAGGGCUUUUAUUACCGACCAUGAAGAACUUAGCGAUACGUACAACCAAUGUCUUCGAAAUCUGGCAAAAUUUCGCGCUGUCCAUAGAGGCUUAGUGCAAAAGUACGCAGUACAAGAAGCGUCUCGUCCGAAAAAGCGCGCUUUUGGAUUGGCCAAGUCUGUGACAGCUGGUGGUGGAGUACAAGGUGCUGGAGGUACUCCUAUUGAGUUGUUUCUAAGAUCAACAUGGGAAAAGACUGAAAAAGCUAUGGUUACGAAGAGUCGCUUGUGA